AUGUUUAACUCAAACACAUUAUCUUCAUGGAUUCUAUUCAUAGUAUUACUCGGCAAUUCAUUUGCUCAAAGUAAUAUCACCACUACUACUAACGAUUACACACCUAGUAUCAUCACACCUACUUCUGCUACCACUUCUACCGCCAAUGUCUCAACUGCUAUUUCAUCCGCAAAUUUUUGGGUUACAACCACUGUUACUGAUAUUUUAAACACUGUCACCAUUACUGAUACUUUAAACACUGUCACUCAUACAACCACUGAAUUCAGGACAAAGACAAGUUAUGCCACUGUUCAUAUCUACGGUAACACUGAAACCACCACUGUUGUCGUUACUGAUCACACUAUGGCUACUUCGUUCUCAAUCUACACAAUUUUCACUUCUCAUAUAACCGCUACUAGUACCGAAACUAAAUAUACAAACGCUACUACUACCGUCACAAACACAGACUAUAUCACCACAGGUACAACCACUGAAAAGCAAACUGUUAUUGACACCAUUAAGACAACUGAUAUCGAUUCCGUUACAACCACAAUGACUUUAACCUCAACCAAUUUGGUCACAUCCACUUAUGAGACUACAAAAACUUUCCCAGUGACAGUCACAUCUGUUAUUACAAACACUGACUACAGUGGUACUGGUACCAUGCUCACUACAAGCACUUUCGUUGUCACCUCUACUAGUAAUUAUACUGUCACCUCUGUAGAUUCUCAAACUUCUCUAGUCACUCAGACAAUCACUGCUACCACUUUAGAAACUGAUACAAUUGAUGUCACAAAUACAGUUCAAGUUGCUUCCUCCACUUCCAUGGCUACUUCCACCGCUACUGUCACCGCUACUGAAACUAAACAUAUCACAAACCCUGGAAUUGUUAAUUCCACUGAAACAAUAACCUUUGUCACUUCUUACACUACCGAGAUCUCUACUAUCGAAACUAUUCCAACUACAAUCACUAAAAACGGUUCUUCUAUCACUUCUACCAUUUUAACUACUCAUUCUAUUCCAACUACAAUUGUCUCCACUGAAACUUCUGUAAAUGUUAUUGAAUCUACAUUACCAGUCAUCUCCACCAUCCUCACUUCUCAAACUACUUUAGUCACUCUAACUUCAGUGUAUGAACAAACAAAUACUAAAGAAAUUACUAUUACUACUACUUUCCCAAUUACCAAGACUAUUGAAGAAACUGUCACUGUUAACGGAUCUCCAACUACUUCUACAAUCUUAACUACUGAAACCGUCCAAACUACUCAAGUUAUCACUGAAACUUCAGUAGAAAGUAUUACCACUAUUAUUCCAGUCACUUCUACCAUUCCAGUGACUCAUGAUGUUACUAGUACUCAUGUCGAAUCACAAACAAGUAUUGUUACUAUGACAGAUGGUUCUGGAAAUGGUGCUGGUAACGGCUCUGAUGGUUCCAACAAUGGUUCUGAUGGUUCCAACAACGGUUCUGGAAAUGGUGCUGGUAACGGUUCUGAUGGUUCCAACAAUGGUUCUGAUGGUUCCAACAAUGGUUCUGAUGGUUCCAACAAUGGUUCUGAUGGUUCCAACAAUGGUUCUGAUGGUUCCAACAAUGGUUCUGAUGGUUCCAACAACGGUUCUGGAAAUGGUGCUGGUAACGGCUCUGAUGGUUCCAACAACGGUUCUGGAAAUGGUGCUGGUAACGGCUCUGAUGGUUCCAACAACGGUUCUGGAAAUGGUUCUGAUGGCCCCAACGGCAGUAUUGAUGGUAUUAACGGCUCUGGCUCUAAUGGUUCUGACAACGGUUCUGGUUCUAACAACGGUUCCAACGGUGGUGCUAACGGGUCUGGUUCCAACAACGGUUCCAACGGUGGUGCCAACGGCUCUGGCUCUGACGGUUCUAACAACGGUUCCAACGGUAGUGCUAACGGGUCUGGUUCCAACAACGGUUCCAACGGUGGUGCCAACGGCUCUGGCUCUGACGGUUCUAACAACGGUUCCAACGGUGGUGCUAACGGGUCUGGUUCUAACAACGGUGCCAAUGGUGGUGCCAACGACUCUGAUAGCUCUAACAAUGGCUCCAAUGGUGGUUCCAAUGGUUCUGGUUCCAACAAUGGCUCCGGCCAUUCUAACUCAGGUAAUGGACAAACUGAAAAUGGUUCAGUUUCUCCAAGCGAAACUGAGAACUCAUCAACUAUACCUUCUGUCUCAGCUACCUCUCCAUCCGGAACAGUUGCUGUCCAAAGUGCUGAAGGUGCUGCUGCAUCAUUGAACAUAUCUUGGUUCAUGCUAAUAAUCCCAAUUUUAACCUUCUUCUUUUGA